UUCUUUCACUUUUUGGACCACCCCUCUUCUCGUCUUCGGGUUUCUCAAUUAUAUAUUCCGAUUCCGACUCACUUCUCUAUACGCAUAUGCCUCCCCCCCACUCUCCCUGCGCCACGUUCACGGCGAACAUUAUUGGAAAGCUCGAAGAUGCGCAGUGCGCACCCCAACCCUCUCAAUUCGGUCAUGUCAUUUCUUAACUUGCCACCUUACCUUUUUCUGUCAUAAGCGGAAACCUUCACACUUUCGUCGAACUUGGCCGCUCCGUCCUCAAAUUUCACUGCCCAUUUUGACGCUUCUGUCUCAUCCAAAUUUGUUUCUCAGAUCCAGUUAUUUUACUGCAACUGCAAUUUUUAGCUGACAUUCCUGGAAUUAGCGCUAAUUCCUCUGUUAAGUUCAUUUCUAUGGCGUUUCGCUUCGUGUUGUGUUUGUUACUGGCGAAAGGCCUGGUGGAGGGUACGGUUGCGCUCACAUUUUCUUCCAAGCUGAUACACGUAUAUUCCGACGAGGCCAAGGCUGUCUGGGCUUCCAGAAGUAAGAAUCUCUCGGUUGAAUCGUGGCCCAAGAGGAAUAGCUCCGAGCAUUUCAGGUUGCUUCUGGGCAACGAUUUGACGAGGCAGAGGAUGAAGCUGGGCUCGCAGUAUGACUUUCUGUAUCCUUCUGAGGGAAGCGAGACAUUGUUCUUCGACAAUGAUCUAGAUUGGUUGCACUACACAUGGAUUGAUUUAGGGACUCCGAAUGUUUCUUUCCUUGUUGCAUUGGAUGCUGGAAGCGAUCUGCUUUGGGUCCCAUGUGAUUGCAUAGAAUGUGCUCCCUUGUCGGCUAAUUAUUAUAAUGGGCUGGACAGAGAUCUGAGCGAGUAUAGCCCAUCAUUGUCAAGCACCAGCAGACAUCUGCCUUGUAGUCAUCAGUUAUGUGAUCCAAAUUCCAAAUGCAAAAGUCCUAAGGAGCCCUGCUUUUACACUUCUCAGUACUACUCCACAAAUACCUCAAGUUCUGGACUUCUGAUUGAAGACAAACUGCAUUUGAAAUCAUACGGAAAACAUGUUGCACAAUCUUCUGUGGAAGCCUCAAUUGUUUUAGGUUGUGGUAGGAGACAAAGUGGUGACUAUUUAAAUGGAGCUGCUCCUGAUGGCGUCAUGGGGCUGGGACCCGGCAGCAUUUCAGUUCCAAGUUUGCUAGCAAAGGCAGGACUUAUUAAGGAUUCUUUCUCAAUUUGCCUUAAUGAGAAUGAUUCUGGCAGAAUUCUUUUUGGUGAUCAAGGGCAUGCUUCCCAACAAUAUACUCCAUUCGUGCCAGUUAAUGGGGAGUUUGUUGCUUAUGUUGUUGGGGUGGAGAGCUUUUGUAUUGGGAGUUCCUGUCUCAAGGAAACGGGGUUUCAGGCGCUCAUUGACACUGGCACUUCUUUCACAUAUCUCCCUGAUGAAGUUUAUAAAUUGGUUGUUUCAGAGUUUGACAAGGAAGUAAGCGCAUCUAGGGUUAAUCUCCGCCAAUACCCAUGGGAUUCCUGCUAUAAUGUCAGCUCGCAUGAGUUGGAUAACAUCUCAACAGUCAAACUCACUUUUUCUAAGAAUCAAACUUUUCGAAUUCAUAAUCCAAUGUUCACUUCUCCUUCCAACCAGGAUUAUACUAUCGCUUGUUUGACUAUACUGCAGACUGAUGACGAUUAUGGUACUAUCGGACAGAACUUCUUGAAGGGUUAUCACAUGACUUUUGAUAGGGAGAAUUUGCGGUUUGGUUGGUCAAGUUCCAAUUGUGAAGAUAACAUGGGAGAUAAAGCAAAUUUUACUGCACCAUGGAAUGGUGGGUCACCAAACCCUUUACCAGCCAAUCAGCAACAGAGUAUCCCUAAUACGCAUUCUGUACCACCGGCUUUUGCUGGACCGGCUUUGCCCAAACCCGCCGGAGCCCCACCCAGACGCAUGACGGCUGGCCAUUUUUUAAUUUUACUGUCACUUGCAUGUUCCGUUUUGUUCUGGGUAGCCCAUUAAGUCUAUCAUAUUCACCUGCAAUAUUGUGUUGUCUCUAGGCUCUGCUUUUCGUGUAGGAUGUGUUGUAUCUAUCGGGGGUUGUUGUGUAUUCUUCAGUUUUAGGCCUCUGUAAAAAUUGUCAUUUCAAUAUAUUAUCUUAUUCUAUA